AUGAUGAAACCAUUCAAAAAUGCUGGAUGGGGAUUUUGGCUCCAGAUGUUGGAGAUCAUGCCAAAUAGGAGUGGUGCUGAGGGCACUGCUGCCUAUAACCUGGCUUCAUUGGCCACACAGGCUUCAGAACCCAUCACUGAGGCCAACACUGAGGCCAGUGGAUCAGCAGUUGCUGCUGCUAGCACUGAGGCCAGUGGUGUUGCUAUGGGGCUUGCUAUUAGUGUGCCUGGUGCUCACAAUGACACCAGUAGCAAAGGGCCUGUGGCUGCUGGCUUUGCAUGGGACCAAGUCAUGUCCACCCUUCCAUUCACUAACCCUGGAAUCAUAUCUGGCAGUUCCAUGAACCCCCCCUCCCCUAUCUUCAGUUGCAGCCUCAAAUAG